CAAUCUGUUCGUUUUCAUACAUAAUUUAAUACCCCGGCGUCGCUCUUGGCGCCUACGCUACCUACCGUAUGCUACCAUCUAGAUUUGAGAAAACAGGCUUAAUAAAGUCAUCAGUCAAGAUAGAUUAGCGACGAGCCGACGACUACACUCACCGUUGAAGAGCAUUGCAGUCCCAGUCGUGGCCGAAACGGUAGAUGUUGAUUAAGUUAUGCUUUGCUGCGGUAAAAGUAAAAGGAAUUUUACUUGCGAAGUUGUUUUACUGGACAGUAACCACGUAACGUUUUCUAGAAAUCAGAAUGUUAAGAUAACAAGCAGAGCGAGUGUUAUAUUUCAAGCUGUAUGCCAACAUUUAAACCUCAUCGAAACUGAUUAUUUUGGGUUAAAAUAUUUCGACAACCAAUCUAGAGUGCAUUGGUUGGAGUUAUCUAUACCACUAUGUGAGGAUGAAUAUUUCAUGAAUGUUGCAGGACCCUCCAGUCUCCUUUACUUUGGAGUGAAAUUUUACGCAGCAGAUCCGUGUGCUUUAAAGGAAGAAGUGACGCGGUAUCAGUUCUUCUUACAACUCAAAGAAGAUAUAUUUUCUGCAAAACUAUCUUGUGCAUUGAAAAAAGCAGCAGAGUUAUCAGCAUUAGCAUUACAAUCUGAGAUUGGGGAUUAUCACGAAGGUGAACAUAAACCAGGUUACGUGUCUGAGUUUCGAUUUAUUCACUCACAAGAUGAAAGAUUUGAAACAGAAGUGGCCAAGCUACACACAGGGUUUAGAGGAUUAGUUCCUGCUACAGCAGAGUUGCAAUAUUUGAGAAAAUGUCGGCAGUUGGAUAUGUACGGGGUAGAACUUCACCCAGUUAAGGGUGAGGCGGGGGUUCAGUACAAACUGGGGAUUUCCCCAAGGGGUAUUGAGAUGUUUAAGAACAUGUGCAGAAUGUCGGUUUAUUAUUGGCCUCGUAUUGAGUUGGUUGAUUACAAAGACUCUACAUUGAAAUUAAAGGUGAAAAACAGACAGGGCGUUGAGAGUAUGCACAAAUAUGCCGCGAGAACCAAUGAAGACUGUCGACUGCUAUGGAAAAGCAUUGUUGAGCAGCAUGUGUUUUAUAGACUUCCACAAAAUAUACCUAACACCACAUGGAGUAAAAAGUACAGGUACAGUGGAAGAACAGAAGCUGAACUUCUGCAGUCAGAAGUUGAACGAGAAGAACCAGAAGUUUUCCGUGGGAGCAGUAAACGUUAUCCGCCACGUGCGUCAACUGACAAGAUCAACCAAGCUGAAGAUGGAACUUUAAUCAUAGAUAAUAAUACUGGGAACAAAACGGAUGAUGAAAAAAUGGAAAGAAAUUCAAACUGGGAUGAAUUAAACCAGAAAAAGGGUAUGUUUAGUGUUUCUGACGUUGAACAAAACACAUCAAUCAAAUAUAUGACACCUAAGAAUGAACGUAGAGAACGUAACAGACAACUUCAAACUUUGAGUGAUUCCGAAAAUCGACAUAGAAAGCAUAGAACUCACCGUGGUCGAUCAAGCGGAGAGGAAUCGGACAGUCCAAGCAAACGAAGAAUUCGAAAUCGAGCGCGGCAACACAGGCAAAGUCAAGCCAGUGAUGCCAGUGAUGUUUCUCACCGAAGGAGAAGGAGAAGACAAUACCACACAGACACAGAGAUGAUGAAUGGAAAUGUUGUGUUGAAUCAGGAAAGAGUAAAACGACGUACACAAAAUAAUAAUAUCAAUCAACAAUCAGAAUCUAAAGCACAAAGAAAGAACAAAAGAUUGUCAAGAGAAGAUGACAAAGCAAGGCAACAACUGUGGCAACAUAUUAAAAAAGAGAUGGUUGAUCCAUCUGACCAUUCACCUGAACAACUGCAUGACAUCAUGUAUACUGAAGUCAAAACGGAAGGCUCGUCAAAACCUCUUCGAUUGAGACAUCAUAGAAGGAGAAAUUCCGGAGCAAGUAAGAGGACGAGCGCGGCAUCAGGGAUUAGCCACACAUUAGAUGAUGGAAUGGUUUCCCCCCUCCCCAUCACCACCACAGUAAUGCAAGAGAGAAAAAGAUUGAACGGCAAUAAAUAUCAACCCCACCACUCCACACCUACCAAUGGUUCAGCAUACAACACACCAUCUAAACAUAAAUCUCCAGGCAGUGAUUGGGACACAAGGACUUCAUUGUCAGUUGAAGGCUUUCAGUCGAUUUCCUCUAAUAAAUUAAACAAAUCACGAACAAGAAAAACAACUCCUGAAUCGCACAGAAAAAAAGAUUCUGGUUUAAAACUUGUUUAUACUCAGAUAUAAAACUGUUUUAUUACAAAUAUUUGACAACAUUUUUUCUGUGCUUUUAAGAUACGCUUCGGUACUGUUUAUACAACAUACUUUUAGAAACGCUAGAAUCAAACAUUGAUAAAUGUUAUUAAGUGCUAAAAAAAACAUACUGGUACUUUUGCAAACAUGUGCAUUAGCUAAUAUUGUUAACAUUUCUUUAAAAUAAAUACAACAAGACUAUUUACAUUUUAUAGACACUACAAAAUAUCAAAAAGAACUCUGAAACAUAAGUCUUGAUGCUGUUUCACAAUUAUAACAGAUUUUUUUCUUGACACCAUAUUAUCUAUAUAUCUAUGGAUAAUAUAGUGUCUCACUAACACACCAUUCCAAUUUUAACAAAACCGAUCAUUCCAUAUUCCUGUUUUAAUUCAUGACAUUAAUUCUAAUUACCUCAAAUUUUCUGACACAUUGAUAAUUUAAUUUUUCAGUAUUAGUAUUAAUACUUCUAUGUAAAGUAUUUUUCAUAUUUUUUUCUAAUUGUGCACUAACUCGCAUGUAUUUUGAACAAAACUAUAUGAAAAUUCAUUUUUCUCGUAUCACCGAAUGAUUUUUUAAAUGCUUUGUAAUUUUACUUGGUGCUGAAGCAUGGUGUUGUCACUGCUUUACAUGAGAUUGCAGUAUAGACGCAAUAUUUCGUACUAUUAUUAUAUUGACUGUGUUUAUACACGUAAUAUAUUGCAAGCACUGAUCAUA